GUAAGAUGUCUUCUCAGCCGUUCGUACCCUGUGUCUAGAAUGUUCUUUGGAUUUGCCCUUUGGUUGGAUAUUCAGGCUCUGAGGCUGCCAAGAACAAGGACAGAGAGAACUGAAGCCAGACUUCAUGGAUUGGAUUACUGAACUCAUGCUGCGUCACGGCAUCGGUGUGUCCUGCAUCGCAAAGCAGCUUGACCCUCCAGUAAGUUCUGCAGCACUCGGGUUCCUUUAGAGAUCCAGGUCUUUGGCCUCGCCUCACCUGUCUGAUCCCCGGGGGACCGACGUGCUGCGGAGAUGAUAGAGGCACAGAGAGCGUAGCAGAUGGGAUGAAUAUUUAAAGUGAGGUUUUAGAACCACGAGAUGUAAGGAGGAUGUUGCUGAAAUACAGCACAGCCUUAAAAGACAAAUAACUGAUAAGGUCAUCAUGGCCUUAAGCAGAGUAUUUUUUAAUAUAGUGCCUAAAUUUUAUGAAUUGACUCACUGGUCAGAGGGAGAAGACCAGACACUGGAGCCAUGACACUAUCUAAAUAAAAUCCACGAUUGGCAGCUGUGGUGAGCAGGUCCGUGGCGAUAUGAUCUCCAAAGUGUCAUGUCUGUACCUGCUCACGGUGCUGUGCUGGGCCAGUGCUCUGUGGUACCUCAGUGGCACUCGCCCGUCCACCUCCUACGUGGGCCACAUGUCUAUACCGGUUCGAAAGCAGCCUCCAAGAUUUCCAAAAAAUACAACGUUCAGCAACAUCCGGACUCGCACGCUCAAUCCGCACGCCUUCCACUUCCUGAUCAAUGAGCCGAAGAAAUGCGAAGGCAGCCCGCCAUUCCUGCUCAUCCUCAUCAGCACCAACCACAAAGAGUUUGAUGCCAGGCAGGCCAUCCGCGAGACAUGGGGAGACGAGAGCACAUACAGCGAUGUUCGCGUCGUCACACUCUUUCUGCUUGGACACAACCCUGAGCCGGUUCUCAACCAGAUGGUGGAGCAGGAGAGCCAGAUCUUCCAUGACAUCAUCGUCGAGGAUUUUGAGGAUUCUUACCGAAACCUGACGCUGAAGACGCUGAUGGGAAUGCGUUGGGUGGCCUCGUUCUGCCCUGAAGCCAAGUACGUCAUGAAGACUGACAGCGACAUUUUCGUCAACAUGGACAACCUUGUGUUGAACCUGCUAAGACCCAGCGUACAGCCCAGGCAGCGUUUCUUCACAGGCCACGUCAUAAACGGAGGGCCUAUCCGAGACACUCACAGUAAGUGGUACAUGUCCAGAGACUUGUACCCCGAGAACAAGUACCCCCCUUUCUGUUCCGGGACAGGGUACGUGUUCUCUGGUGACAUGGCAGAGUUGAUCUAUAAGACUUCCCUCCAUACUCGCCUCAUUCACUUGGAGGACGUGUACGUAGGCUUGUGUCUGCGCAAACUUGGGGUCCACCCGAUCCAGAACAGUGGCUUCAACCAUUGGAAGAUGAGCUACAGCCUCUGCCGCUACCGCAGAGUCGUCACAGUGCACCAGAUCUCACCUGAGGAAAUGCACAGGAUUUGGAAUGACAUGUCUAAUAAAAAACAUCUCAAGUGCUAACAUCCUUACAGCGCCAUCUAUAGUCUGGGAGGACACAGAAGUCUGUUAUUAGUGUUUCAGUUCUACGGGAACCAACUGCAGGUCUGAUUCAUGUACCAAGGUGGAGCUCAAGCCGUGUGUCCAGGGUCACACCACUAAGUUAGUAAUCAGAUUAGGAGUUUGAAUCCCAGAGAACUUCGAUUGGAAUCUUGGGCUCUUAUCACUGCUUGGAAUGUAUCCUUCAUUAAUUGUAAGUCGCUUUUAAUAAACAUUUUUGCCAAAUGAAUAAAUGUAGAAAAAGUAUUCAGAUAUCGAGGUAUUUAGGCUCGGCUAGAUCUUGCCAAUUCCUAUAACCAAGGCAAGGUAAAAAAUAAAAAAAAAUCAAUUCUAAUCACCAUUCAGACCAACGUUAUAGCCUGAGAAGUUCGCUAGUAGUGCUGAUGGGUAUUAUGGCUUAAACCUGAGCCAAGAUUGAAUGUCAUUUUUAAUUCCUGUUCUUUUAUUCAUAAUUCAUGAUUCAAAAAUCUCUGCCAUAGACUGGAUGGCAAAUCUUUAAGCCACAUCUGUAUGUUUACAUGGUCCUGGUGUUUAUCUCUAGCUGAAAGUACUAAAAAGACAAGUAUUGGUGAACCAGGCCGGAGAUCGAAGCGCAGGCUUUUAAAUUUUUCUUACAAAUUACAACUUUGCUAAUCUGCGACUGUGCAAAUAAAUAUACACCAGCAAGAAGGAGAAAAGAGCAGAUUGUGUGUAAGAGAGUAAAAACAGCUCUGACAGAUUAACAGCGUUAACCACAUUUUUCUGAAUACAGAUCGGCACUGAGAUGGAAUCUUUUUUCUCUCCUAAAGACAUUAAGGUUAAAGAUCUUUCAGCAUACCUGAAAGACCACAAUGCACAACAAGAGUAAGCAGAAUCCAAACAAUAGCAUGGGUGGACAAGUAAUAAAUGAAUUAAAUCAAGUUACAGCAUGCUCCUUAUUUUCCACGGUCAGACGCCUGGAACCGGAACUGACUAGCCUUAAAAUCGUAGCUAGCAUAAUUGAAUAUUUUAAUGGAAAUCUAAUUAGCUAAUUAAGUGCAUUAAGAAUAAUGUACAGACUAGAAAAUACGGUUAUUAUCCUCAUCUGACUUUGUAACGUAGGUCAUGUUCUUUUCGCUCUAGAGAAAAAGUCAGAAUAUCAAAAAGUAAAUAAAUACAUCAGGUGUCAAACAUAUCAAAGAUCUGCGAUUUUUUUUUUUCCAAAACUCGGACGCUCAAGGACAAAUUUUAAUAAAAAAUGUGAAGGUCCUGUAGUCUCCUAAACCUGUAGAAAUCUGUGCAAAUUUAUUGGCUUUUGUUAAUAAGAAGUGGGAAAAAAGUCUUAUCAUUAAACUUCAAGUCAAAUGAAAACUUCAGUCCAUGUAGAGAGACAUACGAUAUAUACGCACACGGAUCCAUCCACCCCUAUGAAAUAGUUUGUUCUUCAUCCUGGUGUCUGAACAAUGAGACAAAACAACGACUUUGUUUUCAAACAUUAAACACUACUUGUAGUGCAUCCAGGUCUUAAUCUUCCUAAUGUGCUAAGCCUCAGGCGCUCACUUUCUCCUGGCUCUUCCCAUCCUCGUGUAAAAAGUACGAGACCGUAAAGUAUUAAUCCAGGCCGUGACGUUAAAGACGUGUAUUUCGUUUGCGAGCAGCUUUGCAAAGUAGUAGAACUUCUAUAAUAGUAGUGAAUCUGACACAACUCAACACGUUAUUGCUGAAACAGACAUCGUUUUAAUCUUAACACACAGAUCAUACGGACAUCGGAAUCACAACCGAUACGCACAAAUAUCGAAGGCACGUACAAUAAAAUCUAUAAAUCGUAUAUAAGUAAUAAAUCCUGUUAUAUCCUACAGAGCAUCCGGGUGCACAGGUUCUGCUGCUAAUUCAGUAAACAUGCCUCUAAGCUUCUAUAAUACUUUUAGACAACUUUCAUUAGUUUUCUAGAUGCACAUAAGGAACAGCUUACAGUUUGAGUCGGAAUGGACUGAACUUUAAAUAUACUGUAAGAGCCACAAUCAGAGAUUUGUGAAAAGGUAAUAAUGGUGUAAUAAAUGCUGAAGCGAACAACCAACAACCCGAACAAGUGUCUGUUCAUUCUAUUACGAUGUGUUAAUAACUGUAUGUACACUAGAGAGCAAAACGUUGUCUAUCGUUUUUUUCUGGAAGAAAACAAAUAGGCAGGAAAAAAAAAAUCUGAUUUUAUUAGAAGAUUUCAGGACAAC